GUAGCUCUUUAACAAAGCAAAAGGGAAUUUCCUAUAAUCUCAAAACGAAAGUGUACAAAGUGUACACUCUGGCUUCCUUUUCUCUGUAUUCUUCUUAUAAAAAGAGGCAUAUUUGGUACUUAACCGAAUAUAUCUGAAAGACCACAAAAUGGCGGCGUCAGCAGGCCUAGUUCCGAUGACAAAAGUGGAGUUGAGGAUCUCGUGCAGAAAGUUGAAGAAUAAGGACAUCACAUCAAAGUCUGACCCCUGUGCAGUCCUCUUUAUGCAAAAUGGAGGGAACUGGACUGAGGUGGGUAGAACUGAGAAUGUACAGAACUGCCUGGACCCUGACUUUGCCAAGUGUUUCACAGUGGACUACAUGUUCGAACUGGUUCAGAAAGUGAAGAUCUCCGUGUACGACCUCGACAACUCCACACCACAGCUCGGGGACGAUGACUUCUUGGGGCAGAUUGAGUGCUCACUUGGUCAGAUUGUGGCUGGACGACCUUUCCUGCAACCGCUGUUGGAUAAACAAGGCAAAAACAUGGGAGACAGCAAAAUAAUUUUAACAAGUACUCCUCCCUCUGAGUCAGCCGUCGGAGACGGAGAAACUGAAAACGGCAAAAGAAAAAAUCACGACAAUAGAGGAACGAACGAAAUGGUUGAGUUCAAGAUAUCUGGGGAAGGCGUUCAGCUUAUGGGUUUCCAUCAUUACGAAGACAUCUGGGUUCCGCAUAUUGGAGAAAAGUUGCGUUGUCAAUAUGUCAAAAACGAAGGAAUAAUUGCCUUUCAAGGUGGAAUUAAAAGAGUCGGAUCAGUCAAAAAGGAAUUGGCGAAUCUUCCUGGGCUGAAGAUGCUGCUCGAUAAUGGCGGCAGAUUGGAGGCCAUCGUACAAAGAAAUGAUCCAAAAGAUAGUAAACGGAAAGGGAUGUCUAUCGUGGUGGACUAUUUAUUUUCUAUUUCCCCAGACACGAAUUUAACCAAAGAAAAAAUUACAAAUAAACUUAAUGCAAUAACAGCCAAAAUCAAGAAAUGGAAAAGGGUAAACAUUGAAGUCCUCCAGAAUAAUUUAACAAGUACUCCUCCCUCUGAGUCAGCCGUCGGAGACGGAGAAACUGAAAACGGCAAAAGAAAAAAUCACGACAAUGAUUUGGAGUCCGUUAGUAGAAAGAAGCCACGUAAAGCCCUGCAUCCACUAAAUGGUCCACCACUUCAGACUCAACACGUUAAGUUAACAGAAGGAAUUAAUGCUAGACUAUGUCAGUGUAUAAGUGGAGACUGGGAGGUAUUUUUCAUCCAGCUUGGCCUUAGGAAAGUCAAGAUCCAACAACUUAAGAAGGAACGCAAAGAUGAAAAGGAAAGCGUAUUAAUAUUUCACGCCCUUGAAAUGUUAAGGGAUGUAAGGAUAAAUCGAGAUGGUUGUUAUCUGGAUGAUCUCCUUAUGUCAGCGAGUAAAUCACCAAAACUUGUUGAUGUAGAUUGGGAUGAAAUACAAAGUCAAGUUCUCCCAUACCUUAAAAUAUUUUGCACCAGCUCGAAGCCGGUAACAUGAUUGUCUUUCUAGAUCCGAGUAAUUACCGAAAAUAAUAUAUAUUUAAUUGUCACAUGUGCAUCAUUACACGGUCAGUACACUUACUAUAUUAUCUUGCACAUAAUAAAUGCAUUUCGGCUUGCUAUGCAAAUUAAUUUAAUGAUAACAAACUGCACAGUUUAUACCUCUAAAAUAAAGAUUCUUAUAUUUACCAGAGGUAGACUCCCUAGAUACGAAUUUACUCUUUUGCAAUGCUAAAAACGAUGUAGUGUCUGUAUAUCAGUAUUUAAGUGUGAUGUUAGCUCGAAGUGUUUUUUUUGUAAAGCUAAAUAUUAAAAGUUAUAUUUUGUUUACUGAAAAAAGCAAAACACUUUGUUCUUUUAUUUACGAAAAGUUUUGUUUUUAUUAAAAAAGUUGUAAAAACAAUUCUGAUGUAUGGAUGUGACAUGUGGGUCUAUAAAAAUAAUUAUAUAUUAGAAAUAGUACUAUCCUUUAUGAACGUGAGUCAUCGUUAGCUGUUCUUGUUUAACCCUUUGUAAACCUGUUAAUCGAUUAUUUUUAUCAACCACUUCUGGCUAGAUCACAAACUAAUUGACAAUUUACAGCGCUUAUCAUUCAUUUAUUCUGUGUUGUAUUUGUUAUGUUAUGUAAAUAUAUAGUGCGUUUUCAUAGUUGUAUUUAUUGCGCAAUUUGGAUAUUGUGUAUAUUUAUUUGAAUGUCACCAUGUCAAAAGUCCUAGAUACACUUUCGUAAGAGAGUGAUGUCCCCUGCAAAAUGGACGCAUUGUUUAUCGACUGACGGAAAAAGUUUAUUAUUUCUCUCAAAGUAGGACUUAAAAUACUUAAAGGACGUAUAUUUUUGUGUUAAUUUCGACAAUUAUUAUAGGGAAUAAGACUACAAAACGGUAUGACUUAGAAACUUAAAAUAGACUGAUCUGUUGCAUGUGUUAAAAUUUACAUUGAUCUUAGCGGACAGUUUUUUCAUUGAAUAGUCACAUAUAUUGACACCUUUCGAGAAAAGCCGCACGCUCGCAAAAUCUUCAAGUAUACUGCACAACUUUAAAUUGCAUCAACUGUGUAUACAGAGAGGCUUGAAACAGAAACAGAAAUGGAAAGCAGCAUUGAUUCAGAGCGUAAAAGAAAAAAAAGUGAACAAAGUAUUAGUGGGUCUAGUGAGUUAGAAACAAGUUUAACGGAAGAAACACCACCGCAAACACAAAAUAAGAAAAAAAGCAAAAAGAAAAAGGUAAAACUUUCAAACAUUGAAACAGUCAUAGAAGACGAGGAACAUGAAAGAGAAAUAUCAAAUGAGCGAGAAAUAUCAGGUAUUAAAAAUCAACUCAAGGAAAUAAACGGAAAAAUAAACAGCAUGACUUCAAAAAUUGACAAAUCAACAAAUCUGUUAGAGAAAAAAAUCGAACAAAUUGUAGACAAAGAUAGUGAAGGACUGAAUAUCAGAGAAAUAAUCAAAGAGAUAUUCAGCGACAUGAAAGAGAGUCUGCUUGGGUCAGUUUUUUUACGCAUUGACAAAUUAGAGAACCAACAGUUUGACAGAGAUACUGACAAAGAAAAACAAUCAAAGAAAAUUGAAUCGCUCGAAAAACGUAUUAAAGACAAAGACAAUGAAAUUAUUAACCUAAAAAGAGAGGUACAUGAAAAUGAAUCAAAAAACGAAUUUGCGCACAAUGAAUUCGAACAAUACACGCGUUUAAACAAUAUUCGAAUUAGAGGCCUACCGGAAACUAAUGACAAAGCCAACCCAGAAAGACCAGAAGAAACGACCCAAAAACUUGUUAAAAAGCUAACCGAACGCAACAUUAACGUUACCUUCGAUGACAUUGACAUCGCCCAUAGGCUCCGAAAAACUACGGACGGGAAAAGGGAUGUCAUCGUAAGGUUCAAAUCACGCAUGAAGCGAGAUCUUGUUAUGAGAAGCAAACGCAGCCUACGGGGAACCGGGAUCUUUAUUUUUGAUGACUUGACAAAACUUAACCACGAUGUUUUUAUGAGUGUUCGUCUCAAAAUGAAAGACGAGGUUGAUCAAGCAUGGGUCUCAAACGGAAAGAUACUAUACAGAAAUAAACAGGACCGCAUCGUUCGGGUCGACUACAGUGACUACGACAGCUGGCUGGAUCUACCUUGGCCACACACGUAACUUUCUGGCGUGAAGUAUAGAAACUGUAAUCACCGGAUUAUUUAUGCAGAUUAUGCAACACAUUAUUACCCUAUUGGAUUUAGUGACAGUGUAGCUAGGCAAAAAGGCUUAAAUGCCGACAAUUAUCAAAUAGAUCACGUUAAGAAAACAUGCAUUACUUGCCCACCCUCCCUCAAUACUUACAUAUAUAUAAUAUUAUUUAAGUAAUAAAAUCAGUAGUAAAAGGGUGUAAACUCAAACUUAUUGAUGUUGUUACAUUCGAACACUUCUGUUUAUAAUGCUUCUUUAUUUAUUUUUUAAAUAGUACAAUUACCUCCCUUGUCGUUUUUUUGUUCAAAAUACACAACAUAUGACAAUCACCUGCAUUCAUAAAAUUGACAUCAUUAAAAUAUUAUUAGAAUACUAUUUAAAACAUCAACCCAUUGUAUUCUUCAUUUCGGAUAUAAAUGUAUAAUAACGUGUAGAGGUAUUAACACCUGAACAGAUGACAUUUGCAUAAAAAAUAUGGCACCCUCGUACUGUUAACUUUUUCUACGGAGACAUACCUAGCCCUUUCUUCACGUUUUUAGUUGUACGACAAUGUAACUUGUACCUCUAUAUUCACAUUCUUCGCAAUUAAUCAUCAGAUGUACAUAUACUGUGUCUUUUUGUUUCGCUUUUGUUGAAAAGACAAUGUAACUUGUACCUCUAUAUUCACAUGCUUUGCAUUUUAUCAUCAGAUGUACAUGAUUACACUGUGUCUUUUCGUUUCGCUUUUGUUGAAACGACAAUGUAACUUGUACCUCUAUAUAUUUACAUGCUUCGCAUUUUAUCAUCAGAUGUACAUAAUUAUACUGUGUCUUUUCGUUUCGCUUUUGUUGAAAAGACAAUGUAAAUUGUACCUCUUUAUUCAUAUGCUUCGCAUUUCAUCAUCAAAUGUACAUAUACUGUGUCUUUUCGUUUUUCGCUUUUGUUGAAAAGACAAUGUUACUUGUACCCCUAUAUUCAAAUGCUUCGCAUUUUGUCAUCAGAUGUACAUAUACCACGUCUUUUCGUUUCGUUUUUGCUGAAACGGCAUUGGAAAUGAAAUGUGCCUCUGUAUUCUAAUAUCGUACUCUAUUCUAAGAUGUCUCUAUCGUGAUAUUUUAAUAAUAGUGUACCGAUUCAUUUCCUUUUGAAGAAAAUACAAAAUUGUUUUAGCAUAUAUAUUGUGAGAUAUACUAUCAUUACUACUUGCCUCUGUAUAACCCUCUCUUGCUUACACUGUUAAUGUACCUUUUUGGAAAUCAUGGUAUUUUAUGUAUAUAUCAUGGAUGUAAAACCACACUUAAGCUGUAUGCUAAUAUUGAUGCAAAUUAGACAAAUCAUUGUGUAUAAUGAUGUUAAUAUGUCAAAUGAAAUGUAAUUGUACUAACUUGUUAAACAACCAUGUUUGCAUUUAUCUUAACUCAGAUGAACUUACCUAAAAAGUAUGGUACUUUUUGAUAAUUAAUCGAACAACAAAACAAAAGCUUUUUCUACGUAAACGACGCAAAACAUUACAUAACGUUCACCCAAAACUACAAAUAUUUACAGAGUACUUAUUUCCAUAUUAAAAAAAAAAAGAUAUUUCAAUAUAGAUUAACUCCGCUUAGUAUAGAUAUCUUUCAGUUACACAUGCAAUUCAGAUCAGUCAAUUAUUUAUUAUUAAGUAAAAACGUCAUCUACUCUACAAUCAAAAUGGAGGUAUUUAUGCAUAAAUCAUCACUACCCAACCUAACAUGGAUACCACUCUAUGUACUAUUAAUGUCAGAGGACUAGGUAAUAAAGAAAAAAGGAUGCAGAUUUUCCAUUGGUUGAAAGAACAAAAUUCGACGUUCUAUCUUUUACAAGAAGUACAUUUUCAUGAAAAAUAUAAGGAACAGUGGGAAAAAGAAUGGAAAGGUCUUUGUUUUUUUAGUGGUGUCUCGACAAACAGUGAAGGUGUUGGAAUUCUUAUUCAUCCAAACUAUACUUUUGGUGAAAUUAAAACGUAUCAAAUAAAAACAGGAAGAAUAUUGGCAAUUGAACUCUCAAUCAACUCAAAAGAGUAUACCAUUAUUAACAUAUAUGGACCAAAUACAGACGAUAUAAACGUUUUCGAAAGUCUGCAAGAAUUUAUACAUAACAAUUCUGACAAACGCAUUAUAAUAGGUGGCGAUUUUAACACCAUUAUUGAUGCAAGAUUAGAUAAGAAGAAUGGCAACCAAAAUAGACAUAAUCGAUGUCGGACUUUUAUUAAAAGUAUGAACGAAACUUAUAAUUUAAUUGACAUAUGGCGUAUAAAACACCCAGACAAAAAACAAUUUACAUGGCAUUCAAACUCAAAACCAAGUAUACAUUGUCGAUUAGAUUACUUUUUGAUAUCGGAUUCCAUUCAAAAUCUUGUUACUGAUUGUCGUAUACGCACAAGUUUCAGAACUGAUCAUGCAUUUGUUAGUCUUCGACUUUGUACAAUUGAAAACAAACGUGGACCAGGAUAUUUUAAAUUUAACAAUAGCUUACUGUUUAUGCCUGACUACAAGGAAAUAAUUGAAAAUACAAUCACAGAUACUUUGAAUACAAAUGAAGACGCAAACCCAGUAACUUUAUGGGACAUUUUAAAAGGAAAUAUCAGAAACGCUACGAUAACAUAUUCAUCAAAUCUAAAAAAAAAUACAAAUGCAAAAGAAAAAGAAAUAAUUGACAGCAUCGCAAAACUCGAAUUCAAACUGGAAUUACAAAAUAUAAAUGUUGAUGAAAUAACAGACCAAAUAUCGUCCUUAAAAGCUGAGCUUAACGAAAUAAUAUUAAAACGUGUCAAUGGCUCAAUUCUUAGAUCAAAAGCUGUUCAUAUAGAAAACAAUGAAAAAAAUACAGCAUACUUUUCAAACCUCGAAAAGAAAAGAGCAGAAAUGAAAACAAUGCAUAAACUUAACAUUAAUAAUAAAGUUACAAUAUGUCAAAAGGAAAUAGUUAAUGAACAAUAUAAAUUUUAUUCUAAUUUAUACAAGAAAAAUACCCUUAUUAGACCUGAGUCAUCUUUAUUAGACUACUCAACAACCAAAUUAAACAACGAACAAAUGCUAUCAUGUGAAGGCCUUUUAACAGAACAUGAAUGUUUUAAAGCACUCAACGAAAUGAAAAACAAUAAAAGUCCAGGAUCAGACGGAUUUUCAGUUGAAUUUUAUAAAACAUUUUGGAACAACUUAAAACACCACUACACAAACUCAAUUAACACGUCGUUUACAUCAGGACAUUUAUCUUUACUCCAAAAACAAGGUAUUAUUUCUCUCAUUCCAAAACCUGGUAAAGACUCAGAAUUUUUAUCUAACUGGAGACCGAUUAGCUUAUUGAAUGUAGAUUACAAAGUUGCCACAAAAGCCAUAGCGAACAGAAUAAAAUGUAUACUGCCAUCAAUAAUAAGCCCCUUCCAAACUGGUUUCAUAAAAUCUAGAUAUAUAGGAGAAAACGUUCGACUGAUAAAUGAAUGUAUAUCUUACUUAAACAAAACAAACACACCAGGAAUUUUAUUUUUUGCUGACUUUGAGAAGGCUUUCGAUAGCCUGGACCAUUCGUUCAUGUUAAAUUGUUUACGUCAUUUUAAUUUUGGUGCCGAAUUGAUUCAAUGGGUUAAACUGUUUUAUAAUGAUAUCAGUAGUAUAAUCAUCAACAAUGGAUAUUUUUCUGAGGAAUUGAAAAUUGAAAGAGGAGUACGACAAGGUUGCCCUCUCUCUUCUUAUCUAUUUAUCAUUUGUAUCGAUAUACUCUCCAACGCUAUACAGAACAAAACGGACAUUGUAGGCCUAAAUAUAUACAAUAUUGAGAUAAAACAAUCACUGUUUGCCGAUGACGCGACUUAUAUAAAUGAUGGUACCGAAAAAUCUUUUACCGCUCUAGUCAAUACAAUAGAUGAGUUCGGACAGAUAUCUGGUUUAAAACUGAACACUAAAAAGACAAUUAUAUUAAGAGCAGGAAAAUUGCAAGACACGAAUUUAACUUACUUGCCAGAAAAGAAAUUCAUAUGGACAUCGAACGAAGCAAAAACACUUGGUAUAAAUUUCACAAAUGUUGAAAAUAGCUUCUUAGACCUCAAUUUUCUCCCUAAAUUACAAAACUUCAAAAAUUGUCUCAAAGGUUGGCAUCACAGAAAACUUACUCUUCUUGGCAAAGUGACAGUUAUAAAAACAUUUGCACUGCCAAAAAUUAUAUAUCCAUUAACUGUUCUACCAAACCCGCAAAAACAUAUUCUUGACGAUAUAAAUAAAGAUAUAUUUAACUUUAUAUGGGAUCACAAACCUGAUAAAAUAAAACGAAAUCUACUAAUACAAGAUUACGAACAUGGGGGUUUGAAAGUACCGGACAUAUAUAAACUUGUAAAUUCAAUUAAAGCGUCAUGGGUAAAGAGAAUAUUAGACCGCUCUAACAAAAGCCAAUAUAAAACAUUUUAUUCAAAUCUUAUUGAGAGAUACGGUGGAAACCUGGUUUUUGAGUGUAAUUUAAACGAUACUUUGAUUAACAAAAUUUGUCGCGGAAAUAAGUUCUUAUUUGACAUUAUUCAUUCUUGGACAGAAGUAAAUCAGUUCUACCCAAAGAUACCGACACAAAAAAUCAUAAUAUGGAACAACAAACACAUUAAUAACAACGGUAACACUUUUUAUUACAGAGAUUGGUAUGAUAAAGGUGUACAAUUCAUACAACACAUAUUUGAUUACCGUUCAAAAGACUUUUACAAAUUUGAAGAUAUUAAAUAUUUAUACAAUAUAAAAAAUAACGAUUACCUUAAAUAUUAUCAACUAAUAGCCUGUUUGCCACAAUCAAUAAGAGAUCAAAUGAGAGCUGCAAUACCAAUAAACGACUCUCAAGACACGCUAAAACACAAAAUCGAAACAAGCAAAGUAAAACCAAACACAUUACUAUACUCAAUCCAGUUUUAUAAAGAAACUUACAGUCAAAUAGAUGAAAAAUGGAAACGGGUCAUACCAGACGAACAUAUAGAUAACACUCUAUGGAAAUUAAUCUUGACAUCUUACUAUAGAUACACCAAUGAUGUUACCCUGAGAAGUUUUCAAUACAAAUUUAUAAACAGAAUUAUACCUACUAACAAAUACUUAUACAAGUGUGGAAUCUCAAAUUCAAGUUUAUGUGACUUUUGCGGGGAAUACAUCGAAACACAGGAACAUUUAUUCUGGGAAUGUAGAAUUACACAAAAUCUGUGGUCUCAAUUAAAAAGAAUAAUUGAUCACAACCCAAACUCGAUCAAUUUAAACUUAAAAACCAUAAGCUUUGGUAUCUUUGAACAAUUACAACAUAAGACAAUAAUUAACUUUUUAAUACUGCUAAUGAAGUUUUUUAUAUUUAGCAUGAAAAACAGAAACACUAUACCAACCUUUACAUCCUUUCUGAACUAUGUAAAACUUUGAGAAAAAAUAGAGCGCGAAACAGCUCUAGUCAACAACAAAAUGAACUUCCAUGAAAACAAAUGGCAUCUUUUGAAUAACUACAUAAAUGCAUAAAUACCUCCUAUCUAUUCUAUCUAUCUAUUCUAUCUAUUCUAUCUAUUCUGUCUAUUCCAACUAUUUUAUUCUAUUCUUUCUAUCCUUUCUAGCUAUCCUACCAUCCUUCAUUAUUAUCUUCUUACUUUUUAUUUCAACACUUAAAUAUUGAAAGAUUAAAAGAUUGCUUCCUGCAUUGGCAGUGACCUAUAUUGACCUUUAUGUACAAUAUAUUUUGCAUGUGAUAUCACUCACACACCAAUACUUAAAAAACAAAUAUUAUGUAAUACAAAUAACAAGUACGCUAUAUAUAAAUGUCUCAUUGAUAUGUAUAUAUAUAUAUAUGUUUGCAACGUGUUGUGUUGUAUAAUAUUUGUCAAUAUUGAAUAAUAAAAAAAUAAAAAUAGAUACACUUUCGUUUACGACCAGUGGCUAGGUUUGCCCCUACAUGGUUAGAUAUAUUAAUAGACUUGCACAUUUAAUGUAUAAACAUAUGCAAACAAUAUGUAUUUAUAAAUCAUUUAAGCUGUUAUAAUUCUAAGCAUGCAAGCAUCAUAUUAAAUAUCUUAUUCCAUUACGUUAACUUCUUUUAAAUGGUUUUGUUAUCAAUUCAAGUCUGACUUAUUCUAUAAUAAUACAAUUGCAUACAGUUAUUGCAAUGUUAGAUAACUUUCUUUUACAAGUAUCAUUAUUUUUUCAGAGCAUUGUUAAAACAAUUAUUGCGUGCCUUCUCCUUAUCAUGAAUGUGUAUGUACCAUUGUAAACAUUUGUAAAUAUUGUGUUUGUCCCCAUGGGCCGUAUGGCUUAUUGGAUAUGAAAUAAAUCUUCUUCUUCUUCUA